GUUAUUUAUUUACGGCGAGAGGGGAUGGACAGUGAUCCGGGACAGCCAUCCCAGUGCAUGCGCUCAGUAGGCUCGCGGCGGCAGCGGGUCACCCCGGUUCAUCCCCCAGCGGCACCGAGUGGGCCAAGAUGCCAGGUGGGAGCGUGGUGAUGGCAGUGCUGGCACUGCGCCUGCUCCUGCCCUGCACCGGGCAGCAUCACCGGGAGGAGGCCGAGCGCAUCAUGACCACCACGCCGGUCAUCGACGGGCACAACGACCUGCCCUGGCAGCUCCUCAAGAGGUUCAACAACCAGCUGGGGCUGCCGGAGGCCAACCUCACGACGCUGGACGGCACCCACACCAACAUCCCCAAACUGCGCCAGGGGCACGUGGGCGGGCAGUUCUGGUCGGCGUACGUGCCCUGCGCCACGCAGAACAAGGACGCGGUGAAGCGCACGCUGGAGCAGAUCGACGUGGUGCACCGCAUGUGCGAGCUCUACCCCGAGACCUUCUCCUGCGUCGUCGACAGCGCCGGCAUCCAACAGGCUUUCCAGAACAAGAAGGUGGCCAGCCUCAUCGGGGUGGAGGGCGGCCACUCCAUCGACAGCAGCCUGGGCGUCCUGCGCACCUUCUACCGCCUGGGCGUCCGCUACAUGACCCUCACCCACAGCUGCAACACCCCCUGGGCUGACAACUGGCUGGUGGACACUGGGGACGAUCCGCCUCUGCACAAUGGCCUCUCGUCCUUUGGGAAGAUGGUGCUGGCGGAGAUGAACCGCCUGGGCAUGAUCGUGGACCUGGCCCACGUCUCGGUGGAGACCAUGGAGGCUGUGCUCAACCUCUCCAAAGCCCCCGUCAUCUUCAGCCACUCCUCCGCCUUCAGCCUCUGCCAGAAUCACCGCAACGUGCCCGACGACGUGCUGAAGAUGGUGGCCUCCACGGACAGCCUGGUGAUGAUCAACUUCUACAACAACUAUGUGACAUGCAGGGACACGGCCACGCUGGCCGACGUCGCAGAUCACAUGGAUUACGUGAAGAAGGUGGCCGGUGCCCGGUACGUCGGCUUCGGCGGGGACUAUGACGGUGUCACAAGGCUCCCCACCGGCCUGGAGGACGUCUCCACAUACCCCGCGCUGGUGGCCGAGCUGCUGGCCAGGAACUGGACGGAGGCAGAGGUGAAGGCAGCCCUGGCCGAAAACCUGAUCCGUGUCUUCAGGAAGGUGGAGGAGGUGAAGGCGAACCUGCAAGGCACGGCUCCCCACGAGACGCCCAUCGCCUUCGAGGAGCUGGAGGGAUCGUGCAGGACCCCCUACGGGUACACCGACGGCGCUGGCACAGCCCGGCUCCCGCCGGCAGCCCUGGGGCUGGCGCUGGCCCUGCUCCACUCCCUGCUCUCCUAGCAUCCGGCACGGCUCCCCCCGCAGCUCCCACACCCUGCCCGGCAGGAUGCUGGCAGCUGGCCCAGUGGCUACCAGGAUGAGUCCAACCCUGGUGCCUCUUCCCACCUGCGCACCUGCCCCGCGAGCGAAAUAAAGCCGUGCUUCCAG